UCUUCAACAUAUCCAGUCUUCUUUCCUCUUCAAAUUAAUAUUGUAUGGAGGAAAUUGAAGUUCCUUCCUAUUUUCUAUGUCCAAUCUCAAUGGAAGUCAUGAGGGAUCCAGUUACAAUAUCAACUGGAAUAACUUAUGAUAGACAAAACAUAGAAAAAUGGAUAUUCUCAUGCAAACACACAACUUGUCCUGUCACAAAUCAAGACCUAAAAUUCAUAGAUCUCACUCCAAAUCACAAUCUUCGUCGUUUGAUCCAAUCGUGGUGCAUGUUGAAUUCUUCAAAUGGCAUCCAACGGAUGCCAACCCCGAAGCCUCAGGUUCAAAAGGCCUACGUUAUUAGAAUCCUGAACGAAGCACAAAAAUAUCCGGAUAUGCAAUUUAAUUGCCUUAAGAGGAUCAAAUCAAUAGCACGUGCAAGCGAGAGCAAUAAAAUGUGUCUGGAGUCAGCCGGGGUAGUUGAUUUCUUGGCCUCAAUUAUCAUAAAGGGAAAAAAAGAUCAAUCAGAGGUCUCAGAGGCGAGCGAUGAGGCUUUAAAUAUUCUAUUCCAUCUAAACCCUUCUGACACUGAGUUGAAAAAGUUCAUCAACUCGCGAAAUGAUCAUCAAUUCUUGGAUUCUUUACUUCAAUUCUUGAAUAAUGGUGAUGUUCAAUCGCGAACCAAUGCGAUAACCCUAUUGAGAUCAACCCUACUUGUGGCUGAUCCAUCACAAUUAAUUGGUAUACAACCAGUGUAUAUCAAAGCUAUAGUUGGUAUAUUAAAUGACAAAAUCUCCCAACAAGCAACAAAAGUAGCACUCAAACUCCUAGUUGAAUUAUGUCCAUGGGGAAGAAAUAGAAUCAAAGGAGUUGAAAAUGGAGCUGUGUUUGCCCUAAUUGAACUUCUUCUUGACACAAAUGAAAGAAGGGUUUGCGAUUUGAUACUAACGGCUUUGGAUCAUCUUUGUACCUGUGCUGAAGGGAGGGCGGAAUUGUUAAGCCAUGGUGGAGGAAUAGCCAUUGUUUCCAAGAAAAUUCUUAGGGUUUCACAUUUGUCAAGUGAUAGGGCAGUGAGGAUUCUUUGUUCAAUUUCAAAAUUCUCAGCAACUUGUUAUAAUAAGAUUCUUCAAGAGAUGUUGGAAGUGGGAGUUGUGUCAAAGUUAUGUUUGAUGCUUCAAGUGGAUGUUAGUCCAAAGACUAAGGAGAAAACUAAGGAAAUUCUAAGGUUACAUUCUAGGGUUUGGAAGGAUUCUUCUUGUAUUCCUCCUCAUUUGCUCUCUUCUUAUCCUUGAUACUACUAUUUAUUAUUAAAAAAAAAAGCAACGAACAACUUCUGUCGUUAAUCAACAAAAAUCCAUAAUAGAAAGACCUUAUCCCUCAAACCUCAUGUGGAAAGAGAGAUUUCAAAGGUUGUUGUUUGAGAGAAGAGAUAUCCAUUGGGACGAAGCUGACAAAAUAACACCCGCUUUCUUAAGGAUCCCGCUAAUUCAAUUUCUAUUGCUAAUUGGUUGUUAUUUUCAAAAAAAAAUAAAAUCUUAUUAGCUACGAACUAUUUUUGAUUAGUGGCGACGAAAUUCGUAGCUGAUUUCUUGUUCUUUUGGUAGUGUUAAGGAAUUUUUUUCCCCUUUUCAUGUACAUAUGUAGAGCAUUGGGAUUCAGAGUUUGUGGCAUUUAACAUUGAGGAUACAUAUAAUUAGUGUGAUAAAGCA